AUGUUCUCAGUAAAAGAUGCUUAUAUUCUUGAUCAGGGGUUCAGAUUUGGUCCAAGGAAGGAUAAAUGGAAAUGGAUAUGGGACCCUGGGUUACAUCCAAGGAUUUCUUUGAUGCUGUGGAAAGUUAUAAAUGAUGCCCUUCCUACUGCAGAGAGAGUCUCUGCCUUUACUAGGUUUGGCUGCUGCUUCUAUGAGAGUGAAAGUGAAGACACCAUCCAUUUGUUUAAGGAGUGUGCCUUUGCAAAAGCAAUCUGGUUUGCUGGCCGGUUCCCCUUUGUAGUAGACUCUAUACACUAUAGUAACAUAAUUGAUUUUGUGGAAGCUAUCCUAUCUUCUCUCCCGGGGGAUCUAAGAAAGGAGGUUACCAUCUAUAUUGGGUGUGUGUUCCAAGCAAUUUGGAAGUGUAGGAAUAUGGUUAGGAUAAAUGGGUGCGAUGCUGAUGUUACUUCUGUUAUAUCUGAGGCUGCUACUGUCUUUUUGGAGCUCUGGGAAUGCCGGGAUAAUGACCAGAGUAUGGUCUUUUCAGAAUUCUACGUAGAAGAGGUGGUGCGAAGCGAUCUAGCUGACCAUAUUGUUUUCACUGACGCGUCUUGGAAGGAGGGGGUUGGUGGCUAUGCGGUGGUUGCGAUCCACAGAACAGAUAAUUCCUGGUGUUAUAAGUUAGAUUCUAGUGUCGCUUCGUGUCCUUUGGAAGCUGAGUCUCGUGCCGUUCUUCUAGCUCUAGAACUUGCUGUGCAAAACUCUUGGUCUAGAGUUUAUUUUCUAUCUGAUUGCAGGGUGCUAGUUAAAGCUUUGGAGCAGUUUUCCCCCCCUCCCGAUUGGAGAUUUUUAAAUAUUUCUUUAGGAGUUUUAGAUUUGAUGAAUGUAAUUUCGGAUUGUAAGUUCUAUUUUAUUCACAGAGAUUCUAACUCUAUUGCAGAUGGCUUGGCCAAAAGAGCUAGAUUGUCUAGCCAUGAGAGUUUUUCAAGGGGAGGGAAUUCCCCCAAUGAUUCCCGAUUACUUUUCUUUGAUUAA